AUGGCUGGCCACCCAGACACUCCAGCCCCGACUCCAACGCCAACUCUAGAUCCCAAGAAAGAGCGGAAGACGGUCGAUGUACGAGCAUCGCAGGUCGAAAAGCAGCCCUCGAAGGAGUCACUCAAACCACCACUGGGCUGGCGCUUGAAUGUCAUCGUCAUCGCUUCCUUCAUCGCUUUCUUCCUGAGUCUGCUGGACACCACGAUUGUCGCCAUCGCGCUUCCAGCCAUCUCGGACCAUUUCCAAGAGUUCGAUCGAUCAACAUGGAUCAUCAACGCAUACCUCAUCACAUACAUGGGUAAGUGCGCAGCGCGUCGAAAGUUGUUUCUACACGAGCAUCACAUAGAGCAGGUCCAACGGCCCGAGUCCAGGCCUGGCAUUUGUCCGAGGCAGAUGCUGCAACUGAGAGUUGCUGUCAACAUUCACUGAGCUAUACUGACGACUUCGCCAGCUUUCGCGAUCUUGGUAUCUCGUCUCAGCGAUAUCUUCGGCCGCAAAAUCAUACAACUCGCAUCCUUGGUCAUAUUCAUCGGAUUCUCAGUCGGAUGUGCCUUGAGCCAGUCCAUAACGCAGCUGUGGGUCAUCUUUGCAAGGUCAAAUAUACGAAAGCUGACACGUUCAGCAUCAUCUUCCGGGCCUUUCAAGGCAUGGGUGGCUGCGGCAUGUACUCGAUGUGCAUGGUCGUCUGCAUGACCAUGCUUCCACCCCAACGUAGAAGCAUCAUGGCGGCCUACGUAGGAGUGUGUAUGGUUUGCUCCGGAGUUCUCGGACCCGUGCUCGGCGGCGCAAUCACCUUCAAUCGUGAGCGCUCAACCUGGCCAUGGAUCUUCUGGAUCAAUCUUCCCGUCGGAUGCUUGACUUUGGGAGCCCUGACUGUCGCGUGGCCAAGCGAUAGGUCGAGAACGAAACUCACGUGGGCUGCGCUCGCAAGUGUCGACUUCUUCGGCUCGUUGUUGCUUCUGGCUGCGUCGGCGCUCAUGGUCUUCGCUCUCCAAGCGGCUGGUUCAUACCAAUACGCAUGGAGUAGCGCGACGAUCGUCGCCUGCCUUGUCGUAUCCGGCGUGUGCUUCCUCGUCUUCGCAGCUUGGCAGCACCUGCUCACCAAACGACCCAGAUGGUCGAUCAAGGUGGUAUUUCCAAUACAUCUCGUGAUAAAGAGGGUCAUUGCGGCGGCAACAGUGUGAGUGAAGCAAACUGCAAAAGAGAGGCCUUUCUAACAGCAGCAAACAGGACGACACUCCUCCUCGGAUUUACAUACUACUUGGCGGUGGUCAACAUCCCCGAACGACUUCAGAUCGUUUCUGGAAGCAGUCCCAUCAUUGCUGGACUUCAGAUGCUGCCAUUCUUGGUGUUCUCCGCAAUCGGCUCUGUGGCUGGCGGCGUGGCGUCUAGAAAGGACAGAUAUACCGCGCAAACGCUAGUGGUUGCCCAAGCCAUUGCAUUGCUCGGCUACGGAUUGUUAACAACGUUGGGCAAUGCCAGAGAGGUUCCGGCUAAGCUGUAUGGAUUCCAGAUUUUUAUUGGACUCGGAAACGGUGCAAGCAUAGUAUGUCUGACGAGGCUGAUGGAAACCGCUGUGGAGCCCAAGUGGAUUGGUACGUGCUGCGCGCCUGGAGAUCGACUCCAUACUGACUAUAUCCAGCUGUUACGCAAGGCGCGCUUGCACAAAUGAGGACUCUUGGUGGGAGCAUUGGCCUCGCAAUUGCUGUCAUCGUUUUCAAUGCCGGGGUUCGAGCGUCCUCCGCCAUUAACGAAGUGCUGUCCCCCGCGCAGCUCAACAGUCUGUUCCGAUCGCCGCUGGCGAUUGCAACGUUCACGCCUCCCCAGCAACAGCUCGUAGCCGAGGCUUUUGCCCAUGCGUUUACACAGCAGAUGCGCAUCGCAACAUAUAUCGCUGCGGCAGGCUUCAUUGCGAGCCUGUUCGCGCUGCCACGCCUCGCUUAA